GGUGGAGUGGUCACAUUUAGUUCAGCUAUAGGUGUGAAAAUGAGAAGAUGUUAUAAUUAUGAGUCAACAAGCACAUGAAGCAGUUGAAGUAAAAGGAGAAAGAGCAUCAAAUACCAACAUGGAUUCAUCCCCGAGGCACCCACACGAUGAUGUCAAGAGGGAAACACCAGCAGUCACAGAUGCAGGAUCCUGUUCAGUUUAUCAUCUGAUAGCUGGAGUGGCUGUUGGCAUGGCAACAAUAAUCAUCUUGACUGGACUCCUUUUAUAUUUGGGGUUAUUUGUCUCGUGGUCAGCGGCGCCAGAGGUGGAGCAGGCUUCCAAAACUUCAGCAAAGGAGCUGAUGGAGCGGCUGCAGCAGUGUCAAAAAGAGCGCCAUGAUCUGAACCUCAUGCUCCAUACUGUCACUCAAGACUCCAGAUGCAGUGUGUGUCCAGUCAGCUGGCUUUGGUGGAAGGGUCACUGCUACUUCUUCUCGGUGGGACUUCAGGAGAGUCGUCAGUGGAAUGAGAGCGCUGAGUUUUGUCGGGGACACAACAGCAGUCUGGCUGUAAUCAAAGACUCUGCAGAGAUGGAAUUUAUCCAAGGGGUGAUGAGGAAGUUCCCUCAGCUCCCCUUCCUGUGGGUGGGACUGACAGACUCCAAGCAGGAGGGUCAGUGGCUGUGGUGGGACGGGACGGACAUCCAGCACUACAUGCAGGUGACGGUGGAGUGGGAUGCUGGUCACAGAGACUGUGCAGACCUGAGGGGAGGUGGGAGUCUCUUCGCUGCUGAGUGUGAAGCAUACGGACCCUGGGUCUGUAAGAGAGCGUCCUGA